AAAAAAAUAAAAAAAAUAUACAUGAUGAAGAAAAAAAAAAACGAACUGAUACAAAUAAAAAAUAACUAAAAUAACUUUAGAGUUUUAAAAGACUCUUGAUGUCUCAACUAAAGAAAAAAAUAUAUAUAAUGCCGCCGCGGGGCGGAGCGGCGGCGGGGGGCCGGCGGCCGAGGCUCAGGCUCGGCGAUCAGCCACGACAGCGCCAGCUGCAGAAGGCUCGGUGGCCAGCCGCGACAGCGCCAGCUGCAGAAGGCUCGGCGGCCAGCCGCGACAGCGCCAGCUGCAGAAGGCUCGGCGGCCAGCCGCGACAGCGCCAGCUGCAGAAGGCUCGACGGCGACGGAGCCGGCGCGACGGCGCACGGGCGCGGGCUUGUGGGAGCGGGGCUAAGCCGGCUCGGGCGCGGCUCGAACAAGCGGGCGCAGGCGAGUCCAUGCACACAGGGUACACGCUCGAUGGAUCUAGAACGUUAUUCACAAAAGAUGUACUCGUGUAAUGCUUUAUUUGUCAGUUCAUACCUAUUAUUCAGGUCUUUUAGUUUCAAUUCUAAUUUGUGAAAUUCAUCGGAGCGAUGGUUCAACUCCUGUGCUGUCAGGUCAAGUUGGUAUUGACAGUUUAGAAGCUCAUCGCUUAAGGCAGCUGUUACAUUUUGAUGUAUUUUGAAUUUGCUUAGCUUUAGAUAUUUUUUAAUUUUAUUUGACCCUUUCAACAUCACUCUGGGAUCACUGCCGCCCUCUAUGUGCACAGACUGUUUUAAAUCUACAGGGUCUUUCAUUGGGGAGCAUGAUGCACUGUCAUGAACCACAUCUAAAUCAAAUAUAUUAUAUUCAGCAAAUAUACUUAAAUUGUUUUCAGCCAGAGCGGAGUUCCCGGAGCAAUACUUGCAAUACCAUUUUGAAUCCGACUCCUGCAGUUGCUGCUCGAGGUCCCGGAUGCGUUGUAAUGCCUGCUCAUGUAUCUCUUGGCAUUGCUGGAACCGAUCAAUGACUGCCUAGAGGUCAUCCCGUUGUCCUUGCAGGUCUUCAUACUUGACAUCUUGGUUGGCU